AAGGAAAUAUUUUCCGUAACAAAAGUGCUUUGGUUAUUUGAUUGGUCGUUACUUCCGCUAUUUAUACAAUCUUUUUACUAUAACACAAAAACCACUUCAUAAAAGUAUUUAGGUUAAAAAAAGUCAAGGAGAUAUAAACUUAAAAUCUCACCAGACGAAGGUUAUCAGUAAUAUUAACUGUUCUAACAAACUUUUAACAUCAUUUUUGUGUUUUGGAUAAAACAGAAAGAUAAACGCAGGAAAAACCAAUUUCGAGGAAACCUAAACUGCCGUGGCGACUGGAUAAAAAUGAAAACAGAAGAAGCAUCUAUAUUUCUUCUACUUCUAGUGAUGUUUACAGCCACCGAAAGGACAUGGAUAGAGAGAAAGAAACAAUGCAAAGAACAAAUGAUUCAUAACCAGAAGGCUCUAAACUGCAGUCAUCAGAACUUACCAUACAUUCCGAAGACUGAAAAUAAUGUUACGUACUUGAUAUUUAGUUACAAUGAUUUAAGAAACGUCUCAUCUGAAACAUUUGAAAAUGUAAGCAAUCCAGACAGUCUGACGGACCUUUUCCUUGAUCAUAACAAUAUUCAGAACAUUUCAAAAACGGCUCUUAGUGCGUUUCAAAAUUUGAAAUACCUAUAUCUGUCCUACAAUCCGAUAUACUAUGAAAAUAUGAAAAAUCUGUUGGGUGAAUUGUCUAAAUUGAAGUUUCUUUCUCAUCUUGGUAUGAGUGGAAUCGCUACCAUAACAAUUCAAAGAGAUUUGUUUUCCUUGGUGAAAGAAAACCAAAUAAAAUUACUAGAAAUUCGAUUUUACAAUAUGAGAACGCUUUGGAUGGAUACUUUCGGAAGGUUUGAUAGUUUAGAAGUUUUCUAUUUAAGUGAUAAUCAUGUUGAAAACAUAAAACUUUCUAAAAAGAAACAUUUGCAUAACUUAUACCUUGAUUUCAAUAAGUUUAAAUCAUUCCCAGACUUUUCAGUUGAUGGAAGUGAAAAGGAUUGCUAUCUCCCCAACCUUGAGCUUCUCAGUGUCAAAGGUAAUGAUAUAACGGAAAUUGGUUUCGAUAAUUUUAAAUGCUUAUUGAAACUGAAAACACUUCAGCUCGAUCGUAAUCCUAUAAAAGUAUUACAAAAUAACUUCUUACUGAAACUACCAAAACUUGAAUUACUGAGGCUUAGAUUUUUACACGCAGACAGACUAACAGUCGAGCCAUUAGCCUUCAAAUCAUCUUCACUUAGAUGUUUACAAUUAAGAUUCGAUAGUCCUGCUAAAGAUUUGUUCAUAUCCUUCAAUGACACAUUUAGAGUUGUGCCAAAUUUGAGAAAUUUAUCAUUAGGACUUAUUAGUUUGCAGCAAUUAACUAACCAGCAAUUCUCAUCAUUGUUUUCACCACUCGAUAAGAUUAGGUUUUUUGAGUGUUUUGGAUGUCAGAUUUCGCAGGAUCCGAAAGUCAUCUUAACUCAUUUUAAACAUGUAGUUUAUCUAAAUCUUCAUUCAAGUCAAGUUACACGGUUAACUGAUGAAACAUUUAAAGAAAACAAGCAUUUGAGAUAUCUCGAUUUAAGAUAUAAUGAUAUUGCACAUAUACAAGAGUCGGCCCUACCAAUUUCACUUCUGAAUAACUUACAUUCACUAGAUUUGAGUCAAAAUCCUUUCGUAUGUGACUGUGACCUUGAAUGGCUGAUCAACUGGAUGAAAACAAAACAAUAUAAGAAAGUGAUUCGAAGGUAUCCACAACAAUAUAUAUGUUCUCUUCCAACCGAAAAGUCUAAAUUGCUGCUCUCAGAAGUAUCCUUCACGUAUAAAGAAUGUCAUCCAUGGAGUUCAUGGAUAUGGGCCGCUAUUAUUGCAUUGCCAUGUGUUAUUGUUAUAGGUAUUACCGUACUUAUACUGUAUAGAAAUAGAUGGAAUAUCAAACAUUACAUUUAUUUAUUAAGAAAGAGAAGGAAUUAUCAAAUUAUAGAUGGACAUAACUUUGUGUACGAUGCCUUCAUUGGAUACGAGGUAACGGAUUCGGCGUGGGUACGUCGCAGACUGCUACCUGUCCUUGAAGAAGAAGUUGGGUUGAAAUUGUGUAUUCAUGAGAGGGACUUUCAACCGGGCGCUUUUAUAAACGACAAUAUUGUCACAAAUAUGGACAAAAGUGCGAAAGUCGUUCUUGUUCUAACUAAUGCAUUUGCUCGUAGUGGAUGGUGCAUGUUUGAACUGAAAAUUGCACAUUCCAAACUGAUUGAAGAUGAAACAGAACUGGUGAUCAUUCUUUUAGAGAAAGUUGACGGAAUAAAUAUGAAUCACUCCUUAAAAGUUCUUUUUGAUACGACGACAUACAUAGAGUGGACAGAGGACGUGGUAGGCCAAGAACUGUUCUGGACAAAAUUAAAAAAUGUUUUGAAAAAGUAAAUACCAGUUAUACUGACUGACCUUUUACCUGUUUUAUAAGCAAACUUCAGCUGUAUAUAUUUUGCUAUGGAAAAAAACCAAGUGUAUACAUUCCAAAAUAUAUCAAUUGAAACUGUACUGAUCAAAUGUAGAUUCUAUACCAUGAAGACUGUUGAAAGGCUAAUCUACACUUCUUAUGAAUUAAAAAAAUAUGUAUCCUA